UCCCAUCGUGGAAGAAAACGGGUUUCACAGCACAGCUGCGGAUCUCCACACUCCAAGACCUAAAGAACCUCCAGAAACACCUGGAUCCAGGUUCUGUCUAACGUUUUCUGAGUUUGGGGGGAAAAAUAUACAGAAGGCAGAGCACAGACCCUACUGAUGGAAGCUGUUGUAAAUUUUGCAGGGGACAAUGACAUGUCCUUUGAAGACGCUGAUUCACCUCCAGCCUCACCACUCAGCAUGACUCUUCCUGAACAUACAGGGAGUUAUGACUUGGAGCAGAAGAGACAGGAGCAGCAGGAGGGGCAACCUCCUGAGAGCUACAUCAUCAGCACACACCCAGAUGCGGCCUGGAACACCAACACCAACGCCACAACCAGAGGUGAUGCUCAGUCAUAUGUGGAGGUGAACGAGCUGUUGGAUGGAAAAUGGCAGGAGACUGGUCGCUGGGUGGGGUAUGAGGAAACGUUCAAUGCAACCACUGGGACAUGGGGGUCCUCACACAUUUCCUGCCUCACCUUCAGAAGCCUUAUUCAGCUCCGUAGGGUCAUGAGCAAAGCGGCAGUACUAUUGGACCUGGAGGAAAAUGACUUCACAGUCAUUGCUGAGAAGAUAGUAGAUGAACUUCUUGAAAAGAAUGAGAUUCAGGCCUCAGAUCGGGAGACUUUGCUGAAGGCACUGUUAGAGAAGCGCAGUCAGACAGAUGCCAUACAGGUUACCUCAGCAGGCAUUGAGAUGCAGACCUUCUCUGUCACCAAACAGAGAGACACAUCUGAUAAUAUAGAGGCAUCCAUUGUGCUAUCAGGUGCGGUGGACUUUCUGCAGAAGCCGGUCACGGCAUUUGUGCGACUGCAAGAUUCCGUGGUGAUGGACGGGAUUAUAGAGGCUUCUGUGCCUGUGCGUUUUAUAUUUGCCCUGGUAGGCCCAACCGAGAGUGGCAUAGAUUUCCACGAGAGCGGACGAGCCAUGGGUACACUCCUGGCUGACUGGGUCUUCAGCUUGGAGGCCUAUCUUGCCGAUAGUGAAAAAGAGCUGACCAGUGCCAUUGCUGACUUCAUGGACUGCAGCAUUCUGAUCCCACCCACUGAGAUCCAGAGCGAGACCAUGCUCCAGCCAAUCAUCCGCUUCCAAAAGAAGAUGUUACGUGAACGACUCCGCCCUGCUGACACCCGAAUUCAAUUUUCAAAACCUAAAGCAGAACCUGAGAAGCCACAUGAUGAUCCAUUGGCUCGAACUGGAUAUCCAUUUGGUGGAAUGGUCAAGGACAUCAAGCGCCGUUACCGACAUUACCUGAGUGACUUCACCGAUAGUUUAAAUCUUCAGGUGUUUUCUGCCAUAAUUUUUAUCUAUUUUGCUGCCCUUUCUCCUGCUAUCACAUUUGGAGGACUUUUGUCGGAAAAAACAGAUAAAUGGAUGGGAGUGUCAGAGCUGAUGAUCUCCACUAGUAUACAGGGAAUCAUUUUCUGCCUACUCGCCGCCCAACCUGUGCUGGUCAUCGGCUUCAGUGGGCCACUGCUGGUGUUUGAAGAGGCGUUCUUUAAAUUCUCGCAUUCGUAUGAGUUCGACUACAUUGUGGGUCGUGUAUGGGUUGGAAUGUGGCUGAUCAUCAUUGUGUUGAUUAUGGUAGCAGCAGAGGCUAGUUUCCUCGUCCGCUUCAUCUCUCGUUUUACCCAAGAGAUCUUCUCCAUCCUCAUCUCCAUCAUUUUCAUCUAUGAAACUUUUUACAAGCUUUACAAGAUAUUCUGUGAACACCCUCUGAUGAUGGACUACACAAAACCACUUGUCCUUUCAAACAACACGAAUGCCACGGUUGCCAACAACACGAAUGCCACUACGGAUGCCAAAGACACAAAUUGCCAUGGGGUCAAUGGAUACCCCAACACUGCCCUGCUCUCUAUGUGCUUGAUGUUGGGCUGCUUCUUCAUUGCCUACUUCCUCCGUCAUUUCAAGAACAGCAUCUUCCUCCCAGGCCCUAUUCGCCGCAUGAUUGGAGAUUUUGGUGUGCCCAUUGCCCUCUUACUCAUGGUUAUGGUAGACUUCAGUAUUAACGAUGUUUACACACAGAAAUUGAAGGUCCCGGAUGGUCUGGAUGUGACCAACCCUGCUGCCAGAGGCUGGUUUAUCAGACCGAUGGGAUUAGAGAAAUCAUUCCCCAUUUGGCUAAUAUUUGCCAGUGCUAUUCCUGCUUUACUGGUUUUCAUUCUCAUCUUCCUCGAGUCCCAGAUCACGACGCUGAUUGUAAGUAAACCAGAGAGGAAGAUGGUGAAGGGCUCUGGUUUCCAUUUUGAUUUGCUCCUCAUUGUGGUGAUGGGUGGAAUUGCUUCCCUUUUUGGUUUACCCUGGCUUAGUGCUGCAACGGUGCGAUCUGUCACCCAUGCCAAUGCCCUCACCGUCAUGUCCAAAGGCCCUAAACCAGAGAUCAGUAAGGUGCUGGAGCAGAGGAUUAGUGGAAUUAUCGUGGCUGUUUUAGUAGGUGUAUCAAUCUUCAUGAAGAAAAUCCUGGAGUUGAUUCCCAUGCCAGCUCUGUUCGGCAUCUUUCUCUACAUGGGAGUUACCUCUCUAAGUGGUGUUCAGAUGUGGGAUCGUAUACAGCUGUUUUUCGUGCCCAAAAAGUACCACCCGUCUAAUCCCUAUGCCACUCAAGUAAAAACCUGGCGAAUGCACCUGUUCACCCUUAUCCAGCUGGUGAGUUUGGGUAUCCUGUGGGCAGUGAAAUCCAGCAAGGCUUCGCUGGCCCUGCCAUUUAUCCUCAUUCUCACCGUCCCUCUGCGCAUUCUCAUAUCUGGACGCCUCUUUACUACCAAAGAGAUGAAAUGCUUGGAUUCAGACGACGCCAAGGUGACAUUUGAGGAGGAGCAGGGGGUGGAUGUGUAUGACGAGUGUCCCUUCUCAUAAAUGACUUCUUGCAUUUCAUUGAAUCUGUGAGCUUAGGCAUCAUGCCUUAAACUCUGUCCAGUACCUUAAUUAAACCAGCACAGGAAUUAUAGCAUGGAACCACAGGAACAAGAACCAUAGUGUUAAAACCAUUACAUAGUCAAGCUUUAUCAAUCUUUUUCUGGUUUGCAUUCACAUUUUAAUCAUUUCCCACUAUUGAGUAGUUGCCAAGUUUUUUUUUUUCUUUUUUUUCUAAGACUGCUUUGCUUUACUUUUUGGAUUGUUUGAGGUUGUAUUGUUUUAUUAUAUAUGAAAACUAUUAGCUAAUAAUGUUUAAUAACUUCUUUUUUAAAGCUCUAUGCAAAUCUUUGUUCUACGCCGCCAGUGUUUGAGAUUAAAUACAGUAUUAUGCCUAUAAUGUGUUUCUACAUUGAUAGUAGCUACUCUCUCUCUCUCUCUCUCUCUCUCUCUCUCUCUCUCUCUCUCUCUCUCUCUCUCUCUCUCUCUCUCUCUCUCUCUCUGUCUGUCUUUCUCUCUUUGAUUGAUAUUAUUUCAAGUAUCAAAUCUGUAAAUUUCUUGUUGCAGUCUAGGAGUUGCUGAAUGAUAGUUGUCAUAGUUUAUGAGAUCAGGGAUAUUUUAGAAUUUUGAGUGGGGUUGAAUCGUGAUGAAUGUACAUUCAGUUUUAUUGUGAUACUUUAUAUAUAUAUAUA